AUGUUAUGGAAUAUUGAACGAAACAUUUUAAUUAUACAACUAUUUCUUUACUCAAUUCCAUGUUUCUGCUUUAGAUCAAUACCAUUAUGGCAUUGUAUUCCAACUUGUUUCCAAGUUCCAAUCGUAGAAGAACUGGAAGUAUUACCACCAUUGCCAUUUUCGUAUGUGUCACCGUCAAGCGGUGAAAGUUAUGCACAGCAACAUGUUCAGGUGCAACCACAAAAGCGAUAUAUUUCAGGUGAGAGUUAUUCAAAGCAUUUCAGUUCAUCAGAUAUUUUUCAUCAAUUCAAUGAUAUAAACUUGCCACAACAACAACAACAACAACAGCAAUAUGAGCAAAAUGAAUUAUGGCAACCUGAUCAACCUGAUGAUGAAUCAAUCAUAUAUAUCGCUGAAACAACACCUAAUCCAUAUAAUGAGCUACUCGAUGGAAAACAGUUGAUAACAAGACAGCCUCAACCCGUACCAAUGUUUAACCAAUAUGAUGACAAUUAUUUAAUGGAAGCAUUGAAUGAUAUAUCAAAUCAUACAACCUCCAAUUAUCCAUCACCGAUUGCAGCCAUGGAAGGGACUUCAGAAGAUUCAAAAAAUAAUUUACAACGGACAUCAUUUAACGUACUCAAACGACGAAAAACGACUAAGGAUGUGUUCGGACGUAAUUAUCCUACAAAACGGGUUAUAUUUCCAUCUGCUAUAUGCAACAGCAGAAAACUUAGGAAUGUUAUAUUACAGGCAAUAACAACUGAUGUAUCAGAAUCAAAACGUAGCAUAACAAAAGCAGCUGAACAUGCUUAUCAAGGGAUUAAAUUUGAUGUAAUUUGUGCAGAAGGUGAUUUUAGCUAUACUGUUCAUGCAAAGAAAUAUUGUGAAGUUACCAAAGAGAAUAUGACUUGUUUUGUAUUUCGAUAA